GACGAAGUAUUAUUGCAAGCACCUGGUUGAAAAUAUUUGGUCGUGAUUUGGUGAAUGUCGUUAGAAAUGUAAACUUCUCGGAGACUGGCAUAUCUGCAUUAUCGCACGUGCAAACGGUAAUGUAACUAGCUCUUGGCUGCGUUGGUGGUUAAACUGGUUUGAACGGUUAAAAAGGUGCAUCAAGUUGCGGAGAUCAACCAGGGUAUUGUCCGUUCAAUUAUUGCUUCAAUCCAAGAUGAAACGUACGGUGGGCGUGGCUCCCUAUUUUCGUUUGGACUAGCUAACUAACCUCGGCAGCAGCAAAAUCAGGUGAGACUGCACUCAUUCACCACAAAAAUUCUGAUGAGGAUGACUAAAACUCUAGUGACCACAGUUCGAGCCCGAGGAGCAAGGGGGAUAUGAACCACAGUUGCUCAAACGCGUCGGAGGAGCCAGCGUUGUCGGCGAACGGGAAGACAGACUCCACAAAACAUGCUGCUGAUUUCCCCUCACAUUGCGAAACCGUACACGAAAAUGUUACACAACUGGUGGUCACAUGUGAAUCGAGCCGAAUUGAAUUGGAGGCCAUGAGGAUUAGCGGGCUCUCGGUUGGAUCUCAUCCCGACGAGGAGUCGAUUUGCUCGGACAGUGGGUUCGGAGGCUCCCCCGCGUCUCUUCUCCUCAGAAAACUGUCAAACGCCUCAUCGUCUGUGUUGUCACCAGCCUCGUCUUUUGAAGAAAAUGAGGACGACCGCGGCUGUCCUGAUGAGGUCCCCCGGGUGAGUAGUGUCACAUGGAAGAAACCCAGAAGCACAGGGACCUCGUCUCCCCUCUCAGUGCCCCCCAAGAAGCCACAGCCCUGGGUGCAAGUAGUCGGACAUGCAGGGAGCUUCCAUGUAGGGGACUAUGGGAUGCUGCUGAAGCGUUACACUGAGGGAGAGCAAAAGUGCCUGCAGAGGCUAAUGGAGGACUCUCUGAGACCCUUUGUGCCAGGCUACCAUGGAGUGGUGCAGCGGGCCGAGGAGGACUACAACAUGAUGGACGACCUGCUCACACACUUCAACUCCCCUGCCAUCAUGGAUUGCAAGAUGGGCACCCGGACAUACUUGGAAGAGGAGCUGGCGAAGGCUCGGGAGAGGCCCCAGCCUCGUCAGGACAUGUAUGAGAAGAUGGUGGACGUGGACCCAGAGGCCCCCACUGCAGAGGAGCGAGCCCUACAGGCAGUACUCAAGACCAGAUACAUGCAGUGGAGAGAGACCCUAAGCUCCACCACCACUCUAGGCUUCCGCAUCGAGGGACUCAAGAAGGCUGAUGGUGUAUGCAACACAAACUUUAAAAGGACCAAGAGCAGAGAAGAGGUGAUGCAGGCACUGCAGGACUUUGUGGGUUGCAACACCCUAAUUCUGAAGGGAUAUCUGAGACGAAUGAAGGAUCUUCGACUGGUGUUGGAGGCAUCCAUCUUCUUCAGAACACAUGAGGUGGUGGGCAGCUCCCUACUAUUUGUGCAUGACAGUACAGGGAAGACAGGAGUAUGGAUGAUUGAUUUUGGGAGGACUGUCCCCCUGCCGCCGCCUCUCACCCUGGACCACCGCACCCCCUGGAUAGAGGGCAACCGAGAGGAUGGGUACCUGUGGGGUCUGGAUAACCUCAUUGAUGUCCUGACCGAUAUGCUGCAUCUCACCUGAACUGAACCUCACAAUUGAAUGACUGACACAGGACCUCAUCCCAACCAAAACACCCUUUACCACCUGAACCAAAUCCGAAUGGCCAUUUCAGCUUUUACCUGAGAGUUUUGACAAACGAGAGAUUGUUCACAUAUUGGACUCGGAUUCUGUGUUGGGGUUUAGGGGGUACUGGACUACCGUCUGUGGCUAUAAUGAAGGCAAUGGGGGAGGAACAGAGGUGUAUGUGGUGGACAAAGGAAAAUAGUAGCACUAGUUCCUCAGAAGAACUAUACAACAGCAAUGCAAAAUGAAACACUGCCCUUUUAUCAUCUUCCACAUAAUCCCCCCCAAACAAAUUCCGCCAUUUUGUUCUAUUACAAUUGUACUUAAUAAUCAUCAGCUCUAAGUGUUUCUUACUCCAGGUUUGAGGGCUGUACGACCUAAACAAUUAAUGUUGAUACUAUACUAUUAUGCUCCACAUAAUGGAGAGGCCCUUAAUAUUAGAGGACUCAUAAAACCUAGUAAAACCUCUGCGAACUGUGUUAAUGAACACUGCCUUCAAGUUUGUUUAUUAGUCAUAUACUCAUGAUAUACAGUGCAUUCGGGAAGUAUGCAGGCCCCUUGACCUUUUUCCACAUUCUGUUACAUUACAGCCUUAUUCUAAAAUGGAUUAAAUAUUUUUUCCCUCAUAAAUCUAUACACAAUACCCCCUAAUGACAAAGCAAAAACAGGUUUUUAGAAUUAUUUGCAAAUUUAUAAAAAUUAAAACUGAUAUCACAUUUACGUGAGUAUUCAGACCCUUUACUCAGUACUUUGAAGUACCUUUGGCAGCGAUUACAGCCUCGAGUCUUCUUGGGUAUAUGACUCUACAAGCUUGGCACACCUGUAUUUGAGGAGUUUCUCCCAUUCAUCUCUGCAGAUCUUCUCAAGCUCUGUCAGGUUGGAUGGAGAGCAUCACUGCACAGCUAUUUUCAGGUCUCUCCAGAGAUCGAUUUGGUUCAAGUCCGGGCUCUGGCUGGGCCACGCAAGGACAUUCAGAGACUUGUCCCGAAGCCACUCCUGCGUUGUCUUGGCUGUGUGUUUCGGGUCGUUGUCCUGAACCUUCGCUCCCAGUCUGUGGUCCUGAGCGCUCUGGAGCAGGUUUUCAUCAAGGAUCUCUCUGUACUUUGCUCUGUUAAUCUUUCCCUCGAUCCUGACUAGUCUCCCAGUCCCUGCCGCUGAAAAACAUCCCCACAGCAUGAUGUUGCCGCCACCAUGCUUCACCUUAGGGAUGGUGCCAGGUUUCCUCCAGACGUGACACUUGGCAUUCAGGCCAAUGAGUUCAAUCUUGGUUUCAUCAGACCGGAUAAUCUUGUUUCUCAUGGUCUGAGAGUCCUUUAGGUGCCUUUUGGCAAACUCCAAGUGGCCUAUCAUGUGCCUUUUACUGAGGAGUGGCUUCGUUCAUGCCACUACCAUAAAGACCUGAUUGUUUGAGUGCUGUGGUGAUGGUUGUCCUUCCGGAAGGUUCUCUCAUCUCCACAGAGGAACUCUUGGGCUCUGUCAGAGUGACCAUCGGGUUCUUGUGCACUUCCCUGACUAUACCUUCGACCUCAUUGCUUUGCUCUGACAUGCACUGUCAACUGUGGGACCGUAUAUAAACAGGUGUGCCUUUCCAAAUAAUUUCCAAUCAAUUGAAUUUACCACAGGUGGACUUCAAUCAAGUUGUAGAAACAUCUCAAGGAUGAUCAAUGGAAACAGGAUGCACCUGAGCUCUAUUUCGAGUCUCCUAGCAAAGGGUCUGAAUACUUAUGUAAAUAAGGUAUUUUUUUUAUUUAGUAAAUGUGUCAUCGUGGGGUACAGCAUGUAGAUUAAUGAUGGAAAAACAUUUUAUUUAAUACAUUUUUGAAUAAUGCUGUAACGUAACAAAAUGUGUAAAAAGGAAAGGGUUCUGAAUACUUUCUGAAUGCACCGUACAUAGUGCAACGAAAUACUUACUUGCAGGUUCAGCUCACGACAAUAGAAAUUAAGCGAAGAAAAACAUUUGGGGCCAUAAAUAUAAUUCAAAGCGGCACUCGGACAAAUUGUGAAUUUACAUGUGCCAGGGAAUUGUGCAAUAAUAAAUAGACAUUGUGCAGUA